GAAACACAUGAAUAAUGGGACAAUUUUAUUAUUAGAAUUAAGAGAUAAAUGAAAAAGAUUCGUGGGACGGCGGGCGCAUAGUUCAGAGUGUGUCAGAGUCAGACCAAACCCUUUCUCUUAUCUCUCUCUCUUACGAAGAAUCCAUCAAAAAUCCCACAUACACACAAUAUACGUGUAUCUAUAUAUUCCUUCAAAUAAAAGUGACAGUUUUUUAAGAAAUAUAAUUAAAUUGUUUAAAUUCUCUUUUUUCGUCUUCUUCUUGCUUUUUCAAAAACCAGCUUUACCUUUCCACACACACUUCUUCGUUUCUCUCUCUCUCUUUCUCCUUAGCUUCCUCUUCAAGUUUUUUUUGAUCAGCUGCAAAUUUCCAUAGCCAUGGACACUGCUAAAUGGCCUCAGGAGUUUGUUGUGAAGCCAAUGAACGAGAUCGUGACAAACACAUGCCUAAAACAACAGUCGAAUCCUCCUUCUCCUGCUACUCCUGUGGAAAGGAAGGCAAGACCGGAGAAAGACCAGGCUUUGAACUGUCCAAGAUGCAACUCCUUAAACACCAAGUUCUGUUACUACAACAACUACAGCCUGACGCAGCCCAGGUACUUUUGUAAAGACUGCAGGAGGUAUUGGACCGCAGGUGGUUCCCUCAGGAACAUCCCCGUCGGUGGCGGCGUCCGCAAGAACAAGAGAUCUUCUUCCAAUUCCUCUUCCUCUUCACCCUCUUCGUCUUCUUCUUCAAAGAAACCUCUUUUUGCCAACAACAACACGCCUACGCCUCCUCUUCCUCAUCUUAACCCUAAGAUUGGUGAAGCAGCCGCUACUAAAGUUCAAGACUUGACGUUUUCUCAAGGGUUUGGGAACGCCCACGAGGUUAAAGAUCUCAACUUGGCGUUUUCUCAAGGGUUUGGGAUCGGUCACAAUCAUCACAGUAGUAUCCCAGAGUUUCUGCAAGUAGUACCCAGCAGCAGUAUGAAGAACAACCCACUGGUCUCAACUUCCUCGUCUUUGGAGCUUUUAGGGAUCUCUAGUUCCUCUGCUUCCUCUAACUCACGCCCUGCUUUCAUGUCUUAUCCAAAUGUUCAUGAUUCAUCGGUCUACACAGCAUCCGGGUUUGGUCUGAGUUACCCACAGUUUCAAGAGUUCAUGAGACCAGCUUUGGGAUUCUCUCUUGAUGGUGGGGAUCCUCUACGUCAAGAAGAGGGGUCCAGUGGCACUAAUAAUGGAAGGCCGUUGCUGCCAUUUGAGAGCCUCCUCAAACUUCCAGUUUCAUCAUCAAGCACCAAUAGUGGUGGGAAUGGCAAUCUGAAAGAGAAUAAUGAUGAGCAUAGUGAUCAUGAACAUGAGAAAGAAGAAGGAGAAGCUGACCAAUCUGUUGGGUUUUGGAGUGGCAUGUUAAGUGCUGGUGCUUCUGCUGCUGCAUCUGGUGGUUCAUGGCAAUAAUUUUAGUCAUGGACCCCAUCCCAUGAGAGUUUUUAGAAGAAAUGAUUACAUUUUUCACCCAUGUUUUAAAAAGAUGAGAGGGUUAACUAUAUAAUCUGGGUGCUUACUAUUUUAGUCCUUUUCCUUUGGUUUCCUUCUCCUUUUCUAAAAAUUAUUAUUAACUUUGUUGGGUUGGGGAUGGAUACUGUAUGUAUUUAGACUCUCUUUUAAAUCAAUCUCAGUUGUUAGUUACCUAACUUUAUGACAUCUUUCCAUUAAUCUUGAUAUAUUUAUGGUGUAUAUAUUAGUGUCACAAACGAAACAAUUUUAGUUAGUGUAAAGGCCGGUGUACCAAAUUCAGAGGUGUAGAGAGAAAUGGUCAUUGUCCUCUUUGAGACAUAAAGCCUGUCAUCUCAAUAUGCUAGUGUAUACUUUCGCUAAACCCGAAACCCAUUUAAUUCCGAUAUUAAUCACAUGUGUACACUUUAUUUAUACUUACAAAAAUUCUACUAAAACCCUUGUAGUGAAGAAUAUCAAGAGAAAAGACUCUCGUUAUGAAAUCGUUUUGGUUCUUUGUUUGUUUAGGAACACUUGAAAGGGGAAAGGAUGAUUGAGUCGAAGCGGGUUUGAAGAGAAAGAGAGACCACAAAACACAGUCAGUUUCUUAAGGCACUUUUUCAUUCAAAUGCAAAAGUAUAAAAUAAAAUUUUACUCAUAGAAAAAUGGACCUACCCCCAACAUUCCUCUUGGACUUCGUACCAUCAUCAUUGCUCCAACAACUCUCUCGCACAGAAGAUCAAUACUACAACACAUGUUUGUUGGGUGUUAAGCAUAUGAAGAGAGAGAGAGAGGGUUAUGAUGGUAAAGUGGCAGAUGAUGAGUUUGGUUUAGUUAAAGAAUUCAGCUUAUAACCAUUUUAUCUUAGGUGUUAUAAAAAGAGAGAGAUAUGAACAUGUGAACUAAUAGUGGACAAUUU